AUGUCUGGAAAAGUUACAACAUUUAUCUUCUUGCUGAUCACAGCAACUGUUUGGGCAACUCCAAUCAAGUUAACAACAACCUUUCCCUACGAAGGACGUAUUGUUGGUGGCUGGGAGACUGACAUAUCCUAUUUCCCCUAUCAAGUGUCAAUACAACAACUCAACACCCAUGUCUGUGGUGGCUCGGUGAUUGGCGAAGAUUUAAUCCUUACUGCUGCCCAUUGUCUUCUACGUUACGAUAAUCCCCAAUACUAUAGUGUACGAGCUGGAUCCAGUUAUAGUUUUCGUGAUGGUGUUGUUAUACCAGCCAAAGCCAUAAAAAUCCAUCAAAACUAUAAGAACAAUGAACAUGAUAUUGCAGUCAUAAAAUUGGCAAUGCCUUUGGUAUAUUCUGAGAAAAUAAAGGCCAUACCCCUGUGGAAUGAAACUCAGAUUCUUGAAGAUAACACCCAGCUAUGGGUUUCCGGUUGGGGUUCACAGGCGAGUUGGUAUCCCCAAGUAUCACCCGUCUUAAGAUACACUUCUGUAAAUAGCAGCAAUUUGGAAAAAUGCCGCCAAGCUUAUACAUCUGUGAAUAACAUAACGGAGAAUAUGUUAUGUGCCGGCGCCACGGAGGGAGGACGUGACAGUUGUCAGGGUGACUCGGGUGGACCAUUGGUGGCACGCCACCAAAACACCACCACAUUGGUUGGUGUUGUAUCCUUUGGUGUCGGUUGUGGCAGAGCAGAAUAUCCCGGAGUCUAUACACGUGUACAAAACUAUCACAAAUGGUUAAAUCAAACAAUAAAUGAAUUGAAAUAA